ACAACACAAACAGCAAGUAGGGAUUUUCCGCCUCGGACAUUCCAAGGCAGACCGGUUGGUCCACGCAAGUGUGCAGUUUAUCCCAGGAUGGCUCUCAGACCACAGUGCAUUUUUCUCGGCUUAAGCUGCCUGCUCUCUUUCAGUGUAUCACAGUAUUCCUACUAUGGAGGUAGCAGCACUGGAGGCUGCAGAGGCCAGUGUGUGGCAAUACAAGAAUGUAAAGAACUGCUGUCACUGCUGAAGCAGAAACCUCUUCAGCCUGAAACCAUUGCAUUCCUCAGAAAAUCCCAGUGUGGAUUCGAUGGAAGAAUUCCAAAAGUGUGCUGCCCAAACUCACCAUUUUUGAUACCGCGACCCAUACCAGUUACAACGGGAUACAGACCCCCAGUGCGGAAUAAUGAGCCUCAGGCCCAGAGACUGCCCUCAGGGUGGGAGUCACACCCCAACGCCCGCUUAAUACCCGCUGACCAGUGUGGUGUCGACAGUAGUGAGAAAAUAUGGGGUGGAAACAGGACAGAUAUAGGGCAGUACCCAUGGACAGCGCUCUUCCAGUACCAGUCAUCGACAGGACUAAAGAGGUUCUUAUGUGGUGGAGCGCUCAUUACGAAACGUUACAUCGUCACAGCUGCGCACUGCCUGGCGAGGAACGAGCUCAACGGCAAUACGUUGUUGAUGGUACGGCUGGGGGAGUUCGACACGGAGCAGAACCCGGACUGCGAAAAGGACCUACUCUCUGGCCAGGAGAGCUGCGCCCCGCCCCCACAGGAUUUGGGGGUACAGAGGAUCAUCUUGAACCCAAACUACGAAUCCAGGACCAACAACAAGUUCAACGACAUCGGUCUCGUCAGACUGGACCGAGACGCGCAGAUCAAUGAGUUUGUGAGGCCAAUCUGCCUGCCUUUCGACGACGCGGCACCUGACAAGUACCUGAAUGAGGAACUGGUAGUCGCCGGGUGGGGCAGAACAGAGACGAUGAAGUCCAGCAACGUGAAGCAACAGGUGUGGGUACCCGUUGUGAGCAACGAGGACUGCGGGAAAGUCUAUCAGGAGAAGAGACGAAACAUCGGCGACGGUCAGCUGUGCGCGGGUGGUGUCGAGGGCAAGGACUCGUGCGCCGGAGACAGCGGUGGACCACUCAUGAGUACCGGAAUCUGGUCUCGGGACGGCAGUGCACGCUACUUCUUGGCCGGGGUCGUGUCUUACGGACCGGAUCCCUGCGGCAAGAAGGACUGGCCCGGGGUGUACACUCGCGUGUCACGCUACACCGAUUGGAUCCUGAACCAGCUUGCCGAUUGAACGUCUUACACUCUGCUUCUAUGUUUUCUUUUUACGGUGCCUGUGGGGUGGCGGUGGAGGUGAUAAAAGGAAAGCCUAAUUCACAAUGAAUCGACAGUUGAAACAACGAAAUUGCGAAAUCACGAAUGCCAAUCAUCACAACCAAACAUCAAAUACUGUUCUAAUGGUAAUAAAACAUUACAGGCCUACGCGUUGUUUGCUAUUUCACUGAUUCCCGGUUGUUCUGCAUGAUGAAGGGACAUUAAUAACCCUUUAAAGCAAAGUGGUACCUUCUUGUACCGCCUGCUGCAACAAGUAUAACUGUGUGUUUAGCUCACAAAUGUAGUUAUGGGUUUCAUAUGAUUCUCAGAAUAAAAAACGAUCAUUUUUCUAAAGAUAA